GUUUCUGUAAAUGGAGGCUGUUUUGUGUUUUGUUGUUGAGCGUGAAGUGUGCAAUUGAGUAGAAAUUGUUUUUUUGUUUUUAAAUGUGUCGAAAAGCCAAUAACAAAAUAGGAAAACAAAUCAAUUUCAGUUUUAAACAUAAUCAACUUGCUGCAAAGCAUAUAAUACGAGGCAGUAAAUAUAAUAAGGCGCACGCGAGCAGGAAAAACAAAAACGAAAACAGAGCAAACAGUUUUCCCCCCACUGCACGAGACGCUGACGCUGCUGACGCUAACGCUGUGAAUGCGACUGCGACGCCAGUGAAAAUACAGUUACAAGCAGAGCUUUUUAAAACUUUUGGACAAAUCACUCGAUCAGUUGGAAGUAUUAAAAAGCAGAGCUUCAGGAGGACAUUGAAGCAAUAGCAACUAUUGAGAAACCUUGAAACGCAUUCAAGCACACAUACGCACACACACAUACACAAUCAGAAUUACAGACACCCACAUAAACAUAGACAAUAGACACACACACAGACAGUGAGAGAGAGAGGCAUACGCACAAAAGGGAGCAACAUCAGGCGAAGCCAUGAGUUCGCAAUAUUCGAAUGUGGAGAAUCUGUCACCGCAGACCAUCAGACAGGUGAUGAAGGAGCUGCAGGAUAUGGAAACAACGCCACCGGAGGGAAUUAAAGUCCUGAUCAAUGAGAGCGAUGUCACCGAUAUUCAAGCAUUAAUCGAUGGUCCAGCGGGAACACCAUAUGCCGUUGGCAUCUUUCGCGUUAAACUCACGCUCAACAAAGAUUUUCCACAAACGCCGCCAAAAGCAUAUUUCCUAACCAAAAUUUUCCAUCCAAAUGUUGCGUCGAAUGGCGAGAUCUGUGUGAACACAUUAAAAAAGGACUGGAAACCGGAUUUGGGCAUUAAACACAUACUGCUUACCAUCAAAUGCCUGCUGAUUGUUCCCAAUCCCGAAUCGGCCCUCAACGAGGAGGCCGGCAAAAUGUUGCUCGAACGUUACGAUGAUUAUUCCCAACGUGCGCGCAUGAUGACAGAGAUACAUGCACAGCCGGCCAAAUGCGGUGCUGCUGCCAGCGAUGCCAAAGAUGAUGAUGGACCAUCAACGAAGAAACACGCGGGCCUUGAUAAGAAGCUGCAGGAUAAGAAGAAGGAAAAGUUGCUUAAGGAGAAAAAACGCAUGCUCAAGAGAUUAUGAGAGGCAUAAAUUGCAGAAUUACAGAGAGAGAAAGUAGGAGUAAUACAACAAUAAUGGUGAAGCAACAAACAAACAAAAAGUAUGGAGCACAUUUAGUUAAAACGUUUAGAAAACAGCAACAAGAACAGACUAAAUAUCUUAUAUGUAUCAAAAAUCAUCAGUGAUCCGUUGAAGAACAAAACAAAGAUAUAAGCAAAUACAAAAGGAAGAUAAGCAAAAUCAAAUCGAAGAGGUAAAUCAUAAAAAAGAACAACUAAAGAAAACAACUUGGCAAAUUAACGAAGAAUAAAGAAGAAGAAAGCACGAACAGAGCGACCAAGCAACAAGAUGAGAGAACCACUCCAAAGAAAAAUGCAUCCAGUUACAUAUACAAAAAAAAAAAACACAAAAAAUCAAUUAUACAUACUAUAAAAUAAUAUAAAAAAGAAAAACAGAAACUAAAACUAAACAAAAUGAAAAGCUAAGAAAAACUCUGGUUUAAAAAAAGUCUGUGCUGUUUCGGUGCGGCUAAGAAACCGAUAUUAGUUUGUAGACGGAGCUAAGAUGAAGAAAUCAUGUCCUAUAUAAUUUAGUGUCCACCCCCACCCCGCCUUCUCCUAAUUCUUCCUUCCUAUAUUCUUCAUACUUUAAUAUUUUUUUAACUAUCGUAGCAUAAAUUAUGUGUAUGUAAUUAGUUUAAACAUUUAACGUGUUAGCUCUCAAUUCCCCUCACUUCCUUAAUUCCCCCCUCACAACCCAAAAAAAAAUCAUCACCAAUGUACAGUUAUUGUCAGCUUUUGCAAUGACUUGCAUUAUUUUACAGUUUUAUUUAAAUUGUUCUCUUUAACAUUCGUGCGUUUCAAUUAAUAAAAAACUCUUAAAAUAAGAAAAAAAAAGAAUAAUAAUAAAACCAUACACACACACAUAAAAAAAAAAGAUGGAAAAAAGCAAAUAAUUUAUAUGUAUGUAUUGAGAAAAUUGUAAAUCGAAGAUCCUUGAAUGUGAUUAUAAAUCCUAUCGGUAUAUUAAUUUCCACAAAUGUUCCAUUUGAACAACCAACAAAUUCAAUUGUGUAAUAUACGAUAUGCAAUUUAUGUAAUCACGUUUUUGGCCACUUCGCACAAAAACGUAGUAACAUAUUUUUUGGUUAGUUUUUUAGGUUAUGUACUAAUACAAAAUUUCAAAAAAAAACAAAAAAAGAAAGAUAAAAAUUAAAUUAAAAAAUUAUGUGCCCUUCAGAUGAUGAUAAUACGAAAACAUUUCUUAUUGCUUAACUGCUAGAAGAUUUCCAAAAACGCAAUCUCUCAAUUCAAUUAUCGUAGUAGUUAAA